AUGGGUACAGGAAAGAAGGAGGCGAACCGUAAGGUACGCCAGGGGAAGGUUGGAGAUGGCAUGGCCAAUGUCAGAACAAAGGGUGAAAACUUCUACAGAGAUGCGAAGAAGGUCAAGCAUCUGAACAUGUUCAAGGAUGGCAAGCCUCGACGUGACGCUGCUGGAAACAUCACCGUCGCCGCCUCGUACCAGUCACGAGAUGCACCCACGGCUCGGAUUGAACCCAACCGUAAAUGGUUCGGUAACACGAGAGUGAUUUCUCAGGAGGCCUUAACAUCCUUCCGCGAGGCGGUCGCUGAACGUGCCUCGGACCCGUACUCGGUCCUCCUCAAGACCAACAAGCUUCCUAUGAGCCUAAUCAGAGACAAUGUUCACACUGUGAAUGGACUGAAGCAGCAUGAAGCGAAGAUGGCCAUUGAGACUGCUCCUUUCAGUGAUACAUUCGGCCCCAAGGCUCAAAGAAAGCGAGUCAAGCUGGGUGUUGCGUCUCUGGAAGACCUGGCUGGAGAGACCGUCAAGAUGCAUGACGCCUAUGUUGAAAAGACGGAUCAAGCCACUCACGAAGAUGGAACAAUCAUCGCUUCCGGCGAUGUGUCGACCGACGACAAGACUUUUACUGAAGCACCCACUGCUCGAGAGUCCGUCUUCUCCAAAGGGCAGAGCAAGCGAAUCUGGAACGAGCUGUACAAGGUCAUCGAUUCUUCCGAUGUUGUCAUCCACGUGCUUGACGCUCGUGACCCUGAAGGCACACGUUGCCGGAGUGUUGAGAAGUAUAUUCGUGAGGAAGCUCCCCAUAAGCACUUGAUCUUUGUGCUUAACAAGUGUGAUCUUGUUCCUACGAGCGUGGCAGCGUCUUGGGUACGGCAUCUCUCUAAGGACUACCCCACGUUGGCGUUCCACGCUUCGAUCAACAACUCCUUUGGUAAAGGUUCUUUGAUCCAGCUUCUGAGACAAUUCUCCUCUUUGCACUCGGACCGGAAGCAGAUCUCUGUGGGAUUGAUUGGUUAUCCUAACACUGGAAAAUCAUCCAUCAUCAACACUCUGCGGAAAAAGAAAGUUUGCAACGUGGCUCCCAUCCCCGGAGAGACCAAGGUUUGGCAGUAUGUGACUUUGAUGAAGAGAAUCUAUCUCAUCGACUGCCCUGGUGUUGUUCCACCAAACCAGAACGACACGGAGCAAGAUAUUCUCCUUCGUGGCGUCGUCCGUAUCGAGAAUGUUCACAACCCUGAACAGUAUAUCCCUGCUGUCCUGGCAAAGGUUCAACCUAAACACCUUGAACGCACAUAUGGCAUCAAGAGCACUGGAGAUCCCAUCGAUUUCCUUAGCAUUCUCGCCCGCAAGGGCGGUAGACUCCUCCGUGGAGGCGAGCCUGAUUUGGAUGGUGUCGCUAAGAUGGUCAUCAAUGAUUUCCUUCGAGGCAAGAUACCGUGGUUCACCCCGCCUCCCAAGUCUGCUGGUGACGACAAUGCAAAGAUCGAAGGUCGCGAAGGUCGGCUUGGGGAGAUGGGUCGAAAGAGGAAGCUUGACGAGACAAACUCGGAGCCUGCGGGAACCACCGAGAAUGCCUCUAACAAAGAGGACGCCGAGUCCGAAGAUGAGGAAUUUGAAGGCUUUGAAAGCGACGAUGACGAUGACUCAAUUGUGAAUCUUGAAAUCAGCGAUGAAGAAAGCGGGGAGGAGUGA